UGUCAUUCAGCUGUCAAAGCCAUGUGUGUACGUUCGUAUUUGUUGUCCUCCUGUUUAUAACCUUGUAAAUUAUUAUUUUAACAAUAAAUACAGUUAAUUUGACUCACAAUGGCCAAAGUAAAGAAUAAGCGUAACGCAAAUCUAGCGGAUAAAGUUCACAAGAAGCGGAAAGCGGAUGCCAACAAAAAAAAACUAAACCCUUUCGAGGUUCAUAUAAAUCGCGAAAAACUUAAAGUUUUGGGCAAAAAAUCUAAACAUGACAGAGGAUUACCCGGUGUGUCCAGAGCUAAAGCUAUUCAGAAGAGAAAAGAAACCUUGGGCACAGAAAUGAAACUUAUGCACAAAACCAAUGCAUUCAUUGAUCGCCGAGUUGGUGAGAAAGGAGAUCUGUCAGCUGAGGACAAAAUGCUCGCUCGGUUUGCAUCGGAGCGAGCUAAACAUCACAGUAAAAAGAGUAUUUAUAACUUGGCAGAUGAUGAGAUUUUAACUCACAGGGGGCAAACACUAGAGCAGAUUGAGAAAUUUGAUGAUCCCCGGUCUUCCGACGAUGAGGAUGAGGAGAAGAAAUUUGGUGGAUUAGACAAUGAAUUUGUUGGCGAAGGUCACUUUGGUGGCGGAUUUUUAUCGAAAUCAGACACAAAGGAUGGUGCCAAAUCCCACAAAGAUCUCAUAGAACAGCUGAUAGCAGAGUCCAAGAAGAGAAAAGCAGAGAAACAAAAGGAGAAAGAGGAGACUUUGGAUCUGACUGAGAAAUUGGAUAGCGAAUGGAAAGACUUACAGCCAGUUGUGUUUAAACGAGCAAGAGUUGAGGAAGAGUCCAUUAUUGAUAAGCUUUUGAAGAAGGCAGAUGCUGAGAAAGGAGCAGACUACGAUAAAAUGAUGAGGGAAUUGAAAUUUGAGAAGAGAGGAACGCCAUCAGAUGGACUCAAAAGCCAGGAGAAAAGUGAAGCAGAGGAGAGAAAGAAGUUAGAAGAGUUGGAGCGACAGAGGCAACAGAGAAUGUUCUCUGAAGAGGAGAUAAGUGCACCCAAAUCAAACCAAGCAACUAUGAAACAUCGUUCCGCAGAUGACUUAGAUGAUGGCUUUGCGCUUGAUGAUGAGAAAGAGUUCAUGUUGGCCUACGACAAUGAGGGCAAACCUCUCGUGCCGGAGCAUAUAUUGAAGGAUUACUCAGUUCCACCCUCAAUGAAGAAGUUUAAUGAUGGUGUAUCAGAUACAUCUGAUGAUGACGAUGAAGAGGAAGAAGGGAGUGACGAAAGUGGUGAUGAUGAAAAUGACGAGGACGCUAAGGAAAACGAUGAUGACGAGGACAAUAAACAAGAUGAUGACAAAGACGAAAAAGAUAAGGUCGGAAAUGAUAAAAAGAAAAGCAAAAAUGAUGACAGUAUUUUCGAGUUCAGCAGUGAUGACGAAUCUGAUGCUAAUGAGGAAAUAAAACCAAAUAAGAAGGAAAAAGUUAGUGAAUCACAAAACAAGAAAGAAAAAAGGAAGACAGAAGAAAAGCCCACAGAAGAAUCAGACGAAGACAGUGAAUCAGAUGAUAGUGAAACAAACAAUGAAAAUGUAAAAAAUAAAGAAACUGUAACAAGUAGUAAAAAUGAAGAACAAAGUAGUUCAGAAGAAGAAGAUGAUGAUGAUGAUGAAAAUGUCAAAGAAAGUGUGGAACAAGUAAAGAAUAAGCAAGAUAUAGAAAUGAAUAAUAGUAAAUUAAGUAUAGAAAAAGUACAAAAUGGAUUUCAAAAUAAUUCAGAUUUAGACAGCGAGGAAUCAAGUGAUGAAUCAGGGGAUGAUGAAGAUGAUGACGAUAAUGUUAAAAAUAGGUGUGAUGAAGUUAAUAGGUUACAAAAUGGUGAUAAAAUAAAAAGUGGAUCGGAAGCGGAGAGUGAAGAUGAUAAUAUAGGAUCCUUCUUCAAUCUCAAAGGUGCAGACUUUAAUUUCAAUGAAUUACUAGCAGAUAAGUCACCAGCGCAACAGUCAACAGCAAUCGAGAAACUGAUAAAAAAAUACGAUCCAAGCUUAGCUGAGAACAACAAAGAUAUAUUAAGCAAAAUAUAUGCACAUUUACUACAAUAUGUGAAUGACAUCUUCAGUAAUUUAACAGAUGAGGGCGAAAUAAUAAAAUCGUUUUUGAUAUUCAACAAAAUAGUACCACACAUGUACGAUUUGGCGCAGAAAAACAAGGUGUCCUCUAAAAAGUUUAUGGUGGAACUAUUGAAAGAAAAGCACGACAGAUACAGGCGGAAUCCAAGAAGAGUACCCAAUUUGGACACUUUAAUAUUCUUCAAGUUGGUAUCACUGCUGUAUCCUACCUCCGAUUUCCGACAUCCGGUGACGACGCCAUCUUUGAUUUUCAUGACGGAAAUUUUGAGGUUAUCUAAAUUUAGAGACGCUUAUUCCAUAUCUCGGGGUUUAUUCGUCGUAUCACUAGUUUUGGAGUACACAGUAUUGUCCAAAAGAUACGUACCGUCAGCUGUGAAUUUCCUGCGAGGAAUUUUCUAUUUAUGUGCUAACACCUCCAUUCUGAAUCCAGUCCAAGUCGUCCCGCCAUUCAGGCUGCAUAAAGAUUUGAAAAUUUUGAAAUUGGAAUGCGACUGUACGAAAUUGGAAGUCGAACCCAAGAUGGCAGCCAAAGAUUUGAUUUCCGAAUUGGACGAUAAAUUUAAAAUUAGAUGUUUUUCAACUUCUGUGUUGAUGAUUAAGGAGUUUUUCAAUAAUUACAACGAUAUGGAACCGUUGGAAGCGAUAUUUGAGCCACACUUACAGCUACUAAGUCGGGUAGAUUUGGAUUUGUAUCCGAAAUGGAUAUCAAAAAUGGUGGUCGGUGUUAUCAACCAUAUGAAGGAAACAUUAGAAGUUAAAACAUAUACAUUGAUGACAGCAGAGAAAGUAAGACCGAAGGCGCUAAGGUUAUACGAUCCAGAAAUACAGGAAGUAUUCACUGGCAAGAAGCACACAAAAUUAACCAAGGAGAAGGCAGAACAGAUGAGGUUAGAGGGCAAGUACAAGAAGGAGAUGAAGGGAGCUCUGCGAGAGAUCAGGAGAGACAAGUCGUUCAUAGCAUCCGUGAAGAUUAAGCAGAAGAUACAGAGUGACAACGUAAGAAAAGAAAAGGUGAAACAGAUCUACAAGGACGCUUCGGUGCAGCAGGGAGAGUUGAAUAAACUAAAACGUAUGAAGUGAUUGUAAAUAAAAUGUUAUUCGCCA